ACUGAGAACGUGAUCGUGGCCUCCAUGAACUACCGGCUGGGGGCGCUGGGCUUCCUGUCUCUGCCCCCGGCCGCCCCGGGGAAUGCCGGCCUGUGGGACCAGCGCCUGGCACUGCGCUGGCUGCGGGACAAUGCAGCCGCCUUUGGAGGGGAGCCAGCCCAUGUGAUGCUUUACGGCCAUGGCUCUGGGGCUGCAUCAGUCGGCUUCCACCUCCUCUCCCCGGGGAGCCGGCCCCUCUUCACCCGCGCAAUGCUGCAGAGCGGAUCCCCGACAGCACCCUGGGCUUGGAUUUCGCUUGAGGAGGCCAAGGAGAGAGGCCAGAGGCUGGGCCAGCUGCUGGGCUGCGCCGAUAGCGAUGACACGGCCCUGGUGGGCUGCCUGCAGGGGAAGGAACCUGGGGAGUUCCCCAAACACGAGUUCUCUGUCUUGCACCACAGGGAGCUGCUGGGGCUGCCCUUUGUGCCGACAACAGAUGGGGAUUUCCUGCCUGAUUCACCACCAAGACUCCUGCAG